AUGGGUCUUGGAAAGACUUUGCAGGCAUUGGGCCUCAUAUGCCACAUGAAUAAUGAGAGGAGGAAGGGGAAUGGUAAUGUUGGACAGACAAAGCCUAGCCUGGUAAUUAGUCCAAUUGCAGUGUUGAAUGUUUGGAAAAGAGUUGUAGAAAACUUUUUGUCCAAAAAGUACCAAGUGCACUUGUACUGUGCGAGAGAGAAAAUUCCUAUCUUGAACAAGGAAAGUCUCAAGAGCUUGGAACACCCCGAAUGCCAUAACUUUGUCGCCAAUUUCGAGUGGUUAAGAGCAAAGCACAAAGGCCAAAACAGAACUGAUCUAGGAGAAGUGUUUGAUACGGUUAUUAUUGACGAGGCCCAUAUCAUCAAGGACGAGAGUACCGGAAAUUAUGAGGUGCUCAGCGAGUUGGCACCCCUCAACUUCAUAUUGUUGACCGGUACACCCGUAAUGAAUCAGGAUAUUGACAUUGCGGCCAUGCUAUCGCUCUUCCGGCCGGAUAGCUUGUGGGAAGAUAUGCAAUGCGACAGAAAGACGAAUUCAUUUCACCUCGAGGAUAACCACCGUCAUGCUGUCCUAAGAGCGACCAGUUUCGCUGACCACCGAUAUCCGAACACGCUUCCCAAGAAAGACCAUGUGAAAGGAGGGGAGUGGCCGGGGAAAAUCUAUGAUAUAGUCCCUCUUAAGUGGGCUUUCGGUACAACCAUGAAUGGAGUCUCAAUCGGUUCUGCAAUUCCACAUGUUAAAACCAAUGUUGCUGUUGUUUUACCAAUCUUCCCAGUCAGUUUUAUUCAUCAGGUGAUUUCUAAAUAA